UCUGGUGAACAGAAGCAUCUCAGGAGCCUGUCUGAGCUGCCCAUCACAGUGGACGCUCUUGUGGUAAAGGGCUGGGAAAUCUCUCCCACCUCCCUCCUGUCUCUCAAGUCACCGGAUAAUCCUGGCCACGGCAAUGCUGCUUUCCCGGGAAUGGGGCCUGUUGCCUCGGCCACCUGCUGCAGCCCGCUGUCACAGGCACGAUUGUGAUGCGGUCCUAGAGAUAAAAGGCACGCGGACGGAGCGGGGCAGAGCGAGUGUGAAGCCUUGGAGGACAGUGGGUCGCCCUCGGUUCUUCCAGAAGCUUCACACUUGAUUGGGAUCUGCAAGUUGGAGCAGUUUCUGACGCUAACGGGAUUGGCAUAAGAUUAGGAAGUGCUAAUCCUGACAAUUAUUUGUGACGACUUCUGUCUUCAAACCUACCCGCAGCCAUGGUAAAUACUAACUUGGGUUAUUGCUACUAAUAAUUAAUGUUUGCCUAAGGCAGAGUUAAGUCGUCUUUGAUUUACAGAAAUGCUGUAAUGGCCACUGAAAUCAUUAUGGCUUAUAUGGGGUAUCUCUGCCGUUAGAUCAAGGGGGUUUCUUUCUACCUGGCAGGGAUAGGCAGCGGGGUAACUUUAUUCACUCUGUCGGAAGUUUAGCAGAGGUGAGAAUGCUGCGUGUUUUGCUAAGAUGAACUGAUGUCUGGGCUCUCUCCAGAAGGAGAUCGCUGUUGGGAAGACUGUGACCGGCUCACGGAAACUCGAGCUUGUCGCAGACUUUGCGAGGAAGUUCUUAGCCGGGCGGAAGAAGCUGGGCCUGGUGUCCCCAGAGAGAGACAGGUAAGUGAACCUGUUUGGUGAUCUUGAUGGAUAAACUACAUUCUAUUUUUGAAGUGGGGAUGAUAAACUUCUCUGAUGAAGGUAAUAAAGGUGAAGGCUCUGCGAACACUUUUAAGACAAGUGUGCUGACUCUGCCCGGGGUUUCUCCUUGCUUUGGCAGAAAAUCAGUGGGCUUUUCCAGCAGUUCUGAGGAGGAUGACGAUGAGGACAACUGUGAACCACCUACUAUGUCCUUUGAGGAGUACCUCACUUAUGACCAGCCCCAGAAAAAGAAGCAAGCGGUCAAACCCUCUGUGUCACCUGGGCAGAAAGACCACUGGCACAGCACCUGUUUGCCGUGCCAAGACGGCCUCGACAGCGCCUGCUUGAGUGCGAAAAGCCCAAGCCUCAAGCGCACAAAUGAGAAAAGGGCAGAGAAGGAACCACCAGAGGCUCCUGAACCAAAGAGGAUACUGUUAGAUGUGGACAUAAAGUUGCCCGACAUCCCGCUGCCGCCGAUCCAGGCCAGCUGCAGCCCUCCUCCUCCAGUUGAGUCCGCUCCCCGUUCACAGAGAAAAAGGAAAGCACCGGCCUUGACACCUGAAGAGAGCGAAGAGGGGCUCUCAUGCUACCGGCAGAAUUCAAAGACGCUAGUGCGUCCAGGCCCUAAAACCGCCCCGGUCCCACGGACGGUGCCUCCUCCUCAGCAAAGUACCCGACUCCUCACUAACAGCAUUGACUCCAUCUGUGAAGUUAGUGGUGUCCCUUUCUCAGAGCUGGAGCCAGUAUUGGAGAGAUGCACCCCAGAGCAGCUCCAUCGCAUUGAGGAACCGCCACUGGCACUAGCUGUUGUUGAGGGAGAGGGGGGCGAUGGUCUCAGGGGGGAUCCCAGAUUACAUCUGCAUUUGUUUCAGGCCCUCAUUGAGUCUACGGAUCGACUGUGGCACAUCCACUGUCUCCGAGACUUCAAGAACGAGAAGCCAGAAGCGUUUGAAUCCUGGCGGGAGAUGUACCUUCGCCUGCACGAGGCACGAGAGCAGCGGCUGCUCAUGUUAUCCCGGAAGAUUGGCUCAGCUCAUAGCAACAAAGGUCAAGCAGCCAAAACUGUGUUUCUGGCCUCUCCACCAAAGGCCCCUUGGGACGUGCGAAGGAGACAAAAGAAGUUUGGAACUGGGGGACCUCUUGUGCCAGAGAAGACCAAAAUAAAAGCAGUCUUGUGCGCCGCGAGCAAAAGCCACGCUCGUGGGAGUGAGGAGAAGUUCUAUGAUGGGCCCAGCACCAGCAGUGCCCACUCUGUCCCACCUUCAGCAACCACCUUCUCCUCCUGUGACCCCAGGAAACCACCAGUGAAAAGUAAGUACAAACCACAGAACAUCCCUUCGGCUCCUAGAGCUCCUCCUUUGCAAACACCUGAAGCUGCUGUUUCUGUUGCUAAAGGCUCUUCAAAGUCCUUGCACAAGAAAAAGCACAGGCAAACGUGCGAUUCAGCUGCCUGCUCGGUGCCGACUGUCUCAGCCUCUCAAGCAGCCAAAACUGUGUUUCUGGCCUCUCCACCAAAGGCCCCUCAGAACAAAGAAAGGAGACAGGAGAGGUCUGGGACUGGACGAGCUCUUCUGCCAGAGAAGACCAACAAAAGCCACGCUCCUGGGAGUGGGGGCGAGUCCCACGAUGGGCCCAGCACCAGCACUCCCCACUCUGUCCCAUCUUUGGGCAGGACCAUGUUCUCCUCCUGGUUUCCUGAGCCCAAGAAACCACCAGCCAAGAAAAUUGCACCCAUGAUGGCCAAGGCUGUCAAAGAUUUCAAAACCAGGUUCUCUCGCAGAGAAGAUACAAACUCUGCUGCGGGACUGAAGGAAGAAACAGGGCCAAUGAAGGAGAUCGCUGUUGGGAAGACUGUGACCGGCUCACGGAAACUCGAGCUUGUCGCAGACUUUGCGAGGAAGUUCUUAGCCGGGCGGAAGAAGCUGGGCCUGGUGUCCCCAGAGAGAGACAGGUAA